CAUUGAGAACUGGGGACACACUUUCUUCUUUUAUUGUUGCUUUUUUAAGCAUUUUUUGAAUGGUUUAUGUCUAAAGUGGAAGUCCUGGCACACAUGGAGCCUCACAAGAGUUGUAUCUUAUGAGGAUCAAGUGUUCUUGAGACUCGAUGAUUAUUGUGAUGAAGGACCGACUUCCGGAGCUGACUGCUCGCAGAACACCACCAGAGGAAGAUGCUGCGGUUUGUGUGGACCGAGACGGUUUCAUGGAGGGCUUUUUCCGUAGGGUGGAGGAAGUCAGAGGACUCAUUGAUAAGAUUUCCCAUCAAGUGGAAGAGGUGAGGAAAAUACACAGCACGAUCCUGUCUGCACCUCAUCCAGAUGACAGAACAAAGGAUCAACUCAAUGCACUGACCGACAACAUCAAAGGGAACGCCAACGUGGUGCGAACAAAACUAAAAUCCAUUGAGCAAAGCAUGCCUAAAGAUGAUGCAGCUAACAGAGCCAGCGUUGACUUCAGGAUCCAGACAUCGCAGUACACUGUGCUGUCCAGGAAGUUUGUGGAAGUAAUGACCCAGUACAACGAGACACAAGUUUCCUUUCGGGAAAGAAGCAAAGGGCGGAUCCAAAGACAACUGGAGAUAAGUAAGUGA